CACCCGCAACACCUCUUCAUCCAGAAAAACAAGCAGUAUAAUUGACCAUGUCUAAGGCCACUAGUAGCUUAUUCUUCAUCGUUCUCCUCCUCUGUUUUAUCCUGUCCUGCACUUCUCGGCCCGAGCCAGCUUUUCAUGAGGCCACCCCCAACAAGAUUGAUCAACACAAGGAUGUUGUGAAUUCAAAACAAGUUGCAAAGGAAGAGAGCUGCAAUGGAGGCCAGGAUGAAGAAUGUUUAGAAAGAAGGAAUUUGGCUGCUCACCUUGAUUAUAUCUAUACCCAAAAUCUCAACCCAUAAAGUGUUCCAUUUUAAUUAAGGGACCUACUUUGCCAUUGGUACCUUGAAUGUUAGACGAGACAGUUAAUAUAUAUCACAGAUUAAGUUGCCUUCCCUAGAGAGACAGUUAUACAUAUACUACAUUACCUACAUUGUGGCUGGUUGAUUUUUCCUGUACGUACGUUAAUAUGUAAUCUCAUACAAGUUAAUCUUCC